GAAUUGUCAUAAACAAAAUCUGAUCAUGGAAAAGUAUGAAAAAAUUCGAGUGGUCGGCAGGGGAGCUUAUGGAACUGUGCACCUUUGUCAGAGAUUGGCUGACAAGAAGCAUGUCAUCAUUAAACAGAUCCCCGUGGAACAGAUGACAAAAGAGGAGCGACAGGCGGCCUUGAAUGAGGUCAAGGUCUUGUCUAUGUUAUCCCACCCUAACAUUAUCCAGUAUUACGAGAACUUUCUUGAAGACAAAGCUCUAAUGAUUGUUAUGGAGUAUGCUCAAGGUGGUACAGUGAUGGAUUAUCUGCAGUCAAGAAAUGGAAUUUUGAUGGAAGAAGAGGAGAUUCUGAAGUUCCUCGCUCAGAUGCUUCUCUCCAUUCAACAUGUCCAUUCCAAACAGAUUUUACACAGGGACUUAAAGACACAGAAUAUUCUUUUGGACAAAAAGAGAGAAGUGGUGAAAAUAGGAGAUUUUGGAAUUUCGAAAGUUCUCAGCAGCAAAAGUAAAGCUUAUACUGUGGUUGGAACACCUUGUUACAUCUCUCCAGAGUUGUGUGAAGGAAAACCCUACAACCAGAAGAGUGACAUAUGGGCCCUGGGUUGUGUGCUGUAUGAGUUAGCGAGUCUUAAACGAGCCUUUGAAGCAGCAAACUUGCCAGCACUUAUCCUGAAGAUUAUGCGGGGAACAUUUUCUCCAAUCUCUGCAAAUUACAGCGAGGAGUUACGGGCUUUGAUCCUGGGCAUGCUUCACUUGGAUCCAAACAAGAGACCAAACAUCAAUCAGAUUAUGGCCCAGCCCAUUGUAAUUAAUGCCUUAAUGACCCUUCACACGGACUUAGGGAGAAUACCCUGUACAAGAGUUAGUCGUCCGAUCCCUCACUCCACGGCUGCCAGAAAUCGACUAUCCACUCGGGGCAUCAUGACACCACGAGAUGCUCUCUCAGCCAAGCCCCCAGCCUUGAGCUCGGUGUUUUUUUGGGGCAUUGGUGUGUCUUCUCCGAUAAAGCUCCCCCUUCCAAGCAGCGAUACCCAGGUUACUCAAGUGUCGACUGGUCGCACCCAGAAAGCUGCCGUCACCAAGAAUGGUCGACUGUUCGUGUGGGAGUCCUCCACGGUGGGAACAGACACUCUGAUCCCGGGGGCCACGGAGAGCCACACUCCCACCUAUGUCCCCAGAUAUCUGGAGGGUCAGUCAGGGGUCAAUAUUCAACAUGUGGCUUGUGGUGACCUUUUCACAGCUUGUCUGACAGAUCGAGGAAUCUUAAUGACCUUUGGCAGUGGAGUGUAUGGCUGUUUGGGACAUGGCAACUAUAAUGAUGUCGCACAGGCAAAAAUAGUGGAAGAUUUACUGGGUUAUGAAGUUAUUCAAGUGUCAUGUGGUGCAUCACACGUUCUGGCAGUGACCAAUGAGCAUGAAGUGUUUUCCUGGGGAAGAGGAGACAAUGGUCGGCUUGGUUUGGGUGAUCAGGAGUCAUACUCUUCUCCCCGCCCUGUCUCGAUCCCGGAGCCUCUCCGUCCAUCGUCUGUACACUGUGGUGUGGACUGUUCUGUGAUUCUGACCCUGGAUAACAAACUUUUGUGCUGUGGUAGCAACAGGUACAACAAGCUGGCUUUGGACAUCAUCACGACAGACGGAACCUGUAUGAAGCUGAUAGAUGAAAUCCACACCUUUGUCCAGGCAGCUUCUCACCCAAUAGGAAACCUUCUCGUGAAAGGUGUUGCCAUGGGAACCUCCCACACUGCUGCAGUAACAGCUGAAGGUCACUGCUAUACAUUUGGUAACAACCAGUUUGGACAGCUCGGUAACCAGGUUAGCAACAGUCGACAACCACAGGAAGUGAACAUCGCACAGACUCAGAAGGUUGCCAUGGUAGCAUGUGGAGACACCUUUACAGUUGUUGUGGCAGAUGAAGGAGAAGUUUAUUCUUUUGGAAACCAGUCCCGGGGUCGCCUAGGACGACCCGAAGAAGACCCGACAGAGCCCAGGAAAGUUCCUUUUGUGGGAGAGGAUCCCUUCAUUGUGGUGUCCAUGUCAUGUAGUCAUGGCAACACACUCCUGGCCACCCGACCCACACAACAAAUGAAUGGAGAAAACAUAUGAGAUUGAUGAGUGAAACUUCUUCCAUUGGUGGGGGAAACAAUCAGCAACUCUACAGACCAAGGAUUAAAUGUUCUAUGCCAAACAUAACAGAACACAGAUUACAUGUUAACAGCACACAGAUUUGCUGCAUAGAGUAGUCAGGAACUGCCAUACAAAAUAACAACAGUUGUACAUGUAUAGAAAACAGAGGUCAGUAGUGAUCAGGAAACUUAAAGAGCUGCAAUCUCACAUGACAACAUUGUCCUUAUAACUCCUCUCACAGUUUAGAAGCUAGGGUCUUUGUAACUAACUAGAUGUGCAUAGUGCAAGGAUUUUGAUACUCAACAAUUCUCAAUUUUCUUUGAUGUUUUCAAUAUUUAAAGGUUGUUGAACUUGGUCAAAUUUGGGGAAAUAUUUUACACACAGAAUUCUUGGUUUGUCUAUCUACCUCUUGUCACAGUUUUAAGCUAAGACCUUUCACUCAUACAAUGCAAAGAAAGUAUGUCACAGCCUUAUGAUGGCUGAUACUACCUGAAGCAAAGUUCUACUAAUUAUGGCUUAAGAAAAACACCCUAUGUAAGCAUUUUCACGGGCGUAUUAUGUACUGUUUGCGGUACUCUUGUUAUAUUAUACCACAAACAUGCCGAUACAGCGCAACAAUAAAUGUAUAACCUAGGGGUGUGUAUUGCUCAAGAUUUUCCGAUAUGAUGAUACAAUAUUUUCUGAUGUGAUAUCCGAUAUAUUGGAUUUACAAUGUAGUUAAGCAUUUUCUGAAGUAAAAUAUCAAAAUAAAAAAAAAUGAAGUAGUUUAAUAUCUUUUAUUUCAUAACAAAACAAACAAUGACAAUUAAAGUCUGAGGAAUCUGCGAUGUGUCACAAUGUAAAAGCGGGUAUUAAUGAAAGUCUGAGGAAUCUCCAAUGUCACAAUGUAAAAGCGGGUAUUAAAGUCUGAGGAAUCUCUGAUGUGUCACAAUGUAAAAGCGAGUAUUAAAGUCUGAGGAAUUUCCGAUGUGUCACAAUGUAAAAGCGGGGAUUAAAGUAUGAGAAAUCUGCGAUGUGUCACAAUGUAAAAGCGAGGAUUAAAGUCUGAGGAAUCUGCGAUGUGUCACAAUGUAAAAGCGGGUAUUAAUGAAAGUCUGAGGAAUCUCCAAUGUCACAAUGUAAAAGCGGGUAUUAAAGUCUGAGGAAUCGUGUUCCUGUUAGAAGCCAUUUUUAAAUUAUGAACUUCGAUCCUGACUAUUAAAAGGGCUGUUUUUAAACCCGACAUUAUAUCGUAUCGUAGAAACACCAUAUCGUAUAUCGCUGGACAGACGUAUACCGGUACAUUUCGAUAUAUUGAUUCACCCCUAGUAUAACUCCAGAUACCACCAAGUCCAGUAAUCUGUUAAUGAUUAAAGCUAAAAAUGGUCAACCACCCAUUACCGCAGCGUUUCCAUUGGGGAUCAAUUUCCGUGUUUUAUACCGCACGACAAUAUCUAAUCCACAAAUACAUUAAUGUCCAGGAGACACACACUGCCUUCUAGAACUGUAAAUCAAUCAUGCAUUUAGAUGUUGUUGGAGCCUUAGAACUAGAUUUAGACACCAGUAGUCCCCGAAGUGUAGCAAUGUAAAUGCGAGAUCGAUUGUUUUAGAAAGCUUUGUACUAUGCAUUUUCCGUCCAUAUCAGCAUUUGUGCCAAGUGUUCAGUAUUGUUUUUUUUGUUUAUUGAAAUUGUAACUACGCUGAAUUUGUAACAUGAUGUUAUUGCAUUUGAUGAAGUGCCAAUAUAGAAAUGUGUGCAAUAAAUACUUGUAUAUCUAGU